AUGUUUUCGCUGCUACUGAUACUUUCACUAUGUAUAGACACAAUCUACUCUCUUGAAUGUAUAUACUGUUAUGCAGGCAGAUUUAAAUUUGGGGAAUCAUUUCGUAUUCCAACCGAUCAAUGUCAAACCCAUAUUACAGCACGUGAAUGCGGUAUCUAUUUUUUGCUACACUACGACAACCAGACAUAUGAAGUGACUUUUGGUGAAGGUUCUUUGUGGACUACUGUCAUUCACAUAAAAGAUGGUCCUCAUCUUACUUAUGGCUUCAGUUAUCGAUGCUCAACGGGAAAUGACUGUGCUUCAACUUAUUCACAGAGUGCACUAGAUGAAAUGAUUCAUCGUGAUUAUGAUGCUAAACUUUUAUAUGAAGAACUUGAAAUGCUUAUUGAAAAUUCGACACGCAACGGUUCAAUUCAUUGUUACGAUUUUGGGGAUACAAUGGUUUCAUGUUCGUCUGAUCAAGUUUGCCUGCUGGGAUACGACGAUCAGGAAAAAUCAACAAUACCGCGUGGCUGCAAGGUAGCUGUUGGUGCCCGUAUUUCAGUUUACGAUAUCCGCUCUCGCUUGACUGUAGACAUUGAGUGUACUCGGAAUUUGUGCAAUGACUACUCAACACUUUUACAAAUCACAACUAUAUUAAACAAAAAUAACUUGACAAAUAUUGAUGUAUUGCAGGUAUCAGCAGGCAGAAAAUAUAUAACCACUUCGAGUACUUUUGUUACACUCGCUUUGGUAUUGCUCUUAGCUGUUUCAAUAAAUUAA